AUGUCGCCGCAUCUCAUUCAUAUAACAGCCACAGCAACAUUGACAACAACAACAACAACAUCAGGCAGUUUGCAACAUGGCGGUGGUGCGCAUGGUGCGCAUCCGCAUCCGCUUUCGCAUUCGCACCACCCACACCACCAUUCAAGCAUUCAAUUGGUUCAAUUGUCGAGUGCCGGAGGUGGGGGCAUUGGCAUUGGCGUUGGUGGCAUUGAUGAUUUGAGUAGCUCCUCCACCUCUUCCUACGCAGCGCAUCAUGCGCUAUUCAACACGCAUCACCAGUCCCAACUAAGGCGCGACGAUAACCUAACCAAAACUAGCUGAAAGUCAUACCAUGAGCAGCAAGGUCAACAGCAAAUUAAGAAGAAACCAAUCCUGGCCAGACGUGGCCGUCAAAACAAUAAUAGUCACAACAACAAACCCCAAAUGCACACAUACAAGAAGCUUAAGCAGACAGCCGUUAGCUUUCAGCAGCUGCGUGUCAAUGAAGAAGACGAUCUCAGCAGCAGCACCAGCAGCUGCUCCUCCACCUUCUCAUCGUCGUCACAACAACAUUCGUCAGUGGACUACGAGGCCGAGGAUGAGAACGAGGAUAAACAACGACAGCGACGUCACAAGGAUGAGAAUGACAGUUUAAUACAUGUGCAGAACUUUCUCAAAUGCUUUGGCGCCAAUGCCUUUGCCGGCUCCGCUGUGAGAACAGUUCCAUCAACAGCAACAUCCACAUUCACAUCAACGACAGCAGCAGCAAAGAUUUCAAUUUCAGCAAGCACAGAACUGCGUAACUGGCGUCAAAAUUAUCGCACAAUUGCCACAGCAACAACCUCUAUAGCAGCUGCAACUAUAACAGCAACAGCAACAACCACAGCCACAACCCCAGCAAUAACAACACCACAAACGCAGUUCACCAACAGCAAGCCACAAAAAUUUCAAAUUAAUACAAAAUUUUUACGCAAGCCGCGCAACAAACUGAUGAAAAUGCUGCCCACAGCAAACACGGUACAGCAACAACAACAACAACAGCAGCAGCAACAACAGCAACAACAGCUAACGCAGCUAUAUAUUGAUGAUUCCAACGCCAAAUUCAAAGACUUUUCAAUUGACUCGCUAUUGAAUAAGUGAAACAUAACACGUAACACAAUUAUAAAUUAGAUCUAUUAUUUUGUAGCCUAAUUCUUUAUCACAGCCACCCAUAAACCGCGUUCCUAGAGAUCCCUCAAUUAAUUAUGUAUUGUAUAUUUUCAUUUAGCCAAUCGUACAGAAUGUAACACACAUAAUAUUAACAUAGUAAUCGAAUAUUAUAUAUAUAUUAUUAUUAAGUUGUUUAUUUAUUACAUAAAUUUGUACAACUAAUGGCGCAAUUCAUAAUUAGCAUUAGCAGGCGUGUUAAGCAUGUACAUAUUAUAAUCUACUUAAUUACGAGUUAAUAAACCACAAAACAAUGUGCUAGAAUU